CAAGGCUUUUGGCUCAGAUUGGAGCUUUGAUUUUGCCGUCUCCGCUUUGGCCUUCGUAGCAGAAUGGUGCAGCCCUUCAAGACGGAGUUCCUGGACAAAAUUCAUGUGGUGGAGGGCGACGUUGUCAAGACCCUUGCCAUCACCAUGAAGAACGGAACAGUUGAUGCUGUCUUUGAAGGCAGUGAAGGGCUGAAGCGCAGCAACUCGGAGCCGGACUUCCACAGGUGCGACGUUGGAACCCAACUUGAUGAUUGGGCGAGGUCUGAAAAACUGGCGUUCAAUCAACUGCCUCGCCGCAGGCAGACGGUUGCCGCAAGGGCGAAUCUUGUACUCGGUGCCACUUUUGCACGAGAUCCGAGAUGAAGAAGAGAACCAACCGGCUUAUCAAUGAGCGUCGAAAGGGCAGAAAUCAACGACGACGUGAAAAUGGAAACUGAGUGGCUGAACAUGGUCAUCUGAGCUGAUGGCAAUACAUUUGCGACUUGCAAUAGAACUCAACGGUUUGUGCUUCCAAUGACCCAACGAGUAGAGUCUCUACCCCGCAGGCGGUCCAUUCUGUCUGG